CCCUCUUCCCAAAUUCCAAAUCUAUUUUUUGGAUUCUCCGGCGUAUUCAAGUCGCCGGCGAAAAUGUCGAUGUCAAAGAGUUCUAAGAUGCUUCAGUUCAUCAACUACAGGAUGCGAGUGACGAUCCAAGACGGACGACAACUAAUCGGAAAAUUCAUGGCGUUCGAUCGUCACAUGAAUCUCGUUCUCGGCGACUGCGAAGAGUUUCGGAAACUUCCUCCGGCGAAAGGUGGCAAGAAGACGAACGAAGAAAGAGAAGAGCGUCGUACACUUGGUUUGGUUUUACUUAGAGGCGAAGAAGUGAUUUCGAUGACAGUCGAAGGUCCACCACCGCCGGAAGAAUCUCGCGCUAAAUCAGGAUCUGCAACCGCCGUCGCUGGUCCCGGAAUUGGCCGUGCUGCUGGACGUGGAGUACCGACUGGUCCAUUGGUACAAGCUCAGCCUGGAUUAUCUGGUCCUGUUCGUGGAAUUGGUGGACCUGCUCCUGGAAUGAUGCAGCCUCAGAUCUCUAGACCACCGCAGAUUAUUCGACCUCCGGGACAAAUACCACCGCCUCCACCUGCUUUUGCUGGUCAAGGUGGUCCUCCUCCACCUUAUGGUAUGAGACCGCCGUAUCCUGGUCCACCACCGCCUCAGUAUGGUGGACAAAGGCCAAUGAUGGUUCCUCCUCCUGGUGGUAUGAUGAGAGGACCUCCUCCACCACAUGGGAUGCAAGGACCGCCUCCGCCUCGCCCUGGAAUGGCUCCUCCGCCUGGUGGUGCUCCGAUGUUUGCUCCUCGCAUGCCACCUCCUCCGCCUAAUCACCAGAACCAGCAACAUUGAUUAGGAGUCACUUCACUUACUACAAAGUUAAACAUCCACAGGAAUGAGUAGACCCCUCGGCUAGUCAGAACACUUUUCUCCCGGGAGGUCGAGUUUACAUGUUGGUGGUGAUUCUUAUGGAAGAAGCUACUGACUACUGAGUUUAGAAAAUAGUGAAUUUGUAGAGGUUUACACAUCAUUCCUCUAUGAACUGAAUGUAUAAUUUGUAAACGAGGCUUCUAAAUUUUAUGGUUGGGCAAAAUAACCGGUAA